UACUAAAUGCCAACACGAUUGAACCACCGCCUCUCUCCUUCUUUUAUAAACCUAACUCUCAAAAUUCUCAUCAUCAAAACGAGACCUCUCAAAAUCCAAAUCCUUUUCUGUCUUGCCCUCCUCCUCUUAUAUAUACUCGAACGAACAAAAACCUAUAAAGGACUCUUCUGUUCAAACACUUGCCCUCUAUUUUCCCUCCAAUUUUUGUAGAUUUACCCCUUUAAAUUCCCUAAUUUUUGAUUUUUUUUCUCUUCAAAAAGGUGUUGAAUUUAAUUAGAUUUGUGUAAAAUUGGAUCUGUUUGUUUUAUAUUGGGUAUUCUCUUCAUUUCCCUCCAAAGUUUGUAGAUUUAUCCCUUUUGAAACUCUAAUUUCUGGUAAACGUCGUGAAUUUGAUAUAUUUGGGUUGAAAUUCGAUCUGGGUUUCUGGAAUUUAGAGAAGAACCCUGAGAUUUUUUGGGGAAACUUUGGGGGUUUUCUUUUUGGGUAUUUUGGGUGAGGAACAAAAAAGAGAAUGGCAGAACAAGGUGGCUUGGAAGGGAGCCAACCAGUGGAUCUUUCCAAGCACCCAUCUGGCAUUGUUCCCACUCUUCAGAACAUUGUAUCGACUGUGAACUUAGACUGCAAGUUGGAUCUUAAGCAAAUUGCCCUGCAAGCACGAAAUGCAGAAUACAAUCCUAAGCGUUUUGCUGCUGUCAUUAUGAGAAUCAGGGAGCCUAAAACCACAGCUUUGAUUUUUGCUUCUGGAAAGAUGGUCUGUACUGGUGCCAAAAGUGAACAGCAGUCUAAAUUGGCUGCAAGGAAGUAUGCCAGAAUCAUCCAAAAGCUUGGUUUUCCUGCUAAGUUUAAGGACUUCAAAAUUCAGAACAUUGUUGGUUCCUGUGAUGUCAAAUUCCCUAUCAGACUUGAAGGUCUUGCAUACUCCCAUGGUGCCUUUUCAAGUUAUGAGCCAGAACUAUUUCCAGGCCUGAUCUAUCGAAUGAAACAACCAAAGAUUGUACUUCUUAUUUUUGUGUCAGGGAAGAUUGUGAUCACUGGUGCUAAGGUGAGAGAUGAGACAUACACAGCCUUUGAGAAUAUAUAUCCUGUCCUUACGGAGUUCAGGAAGAACCAGCAAUGAUAUGCAUACGAAUGGGACCUUGACUCUGUUGUGGAUAGUGGGUUUUUCUCUGCCAUGGUGGUGGGAGUUGGAUUUGAAGUGUGAAUAUAUGAAGAAUGGGGGAUUGGCACAUGGCUUUUUGGCUAUGUUUGUCAUAUGGGGUUGUCUGUUUUCCUUAAAAGAACCUUUAGUCUUGAUCUAUUACCCUUCCAGCACUUACAGGGAUGCAAAUCAUCGUGUAAUUAGUAAUCUGGGAGGGAAGAGAGCAGACUGAAAGGAACAUCAGGGUUACCUGUUGUAGACAUUUUAUUUAAAUAAUAGAGACUUCAUUCCAAUUUUGACCGUUGACACUCUUUAUUGCACUAGGCUGGCAUGUAUGCUGAAAACUAUACCAUAUUAUUAAUUUGUACCUCCUGUGUUAGAAAAUGCUGAAACCUUGUAAAUUAGAUUUUAGAGAAAGAAGAAAAACUUGGAAAUAUAUGUAAUGUUACUUGAUUGACA